GGAAAUUAAUGGAAUCUGAAGACUUUGACUGGAACGACUACUUUGGUCAAGAGAUGAAUGAUGUUAUGCCAAAAAUAAGUCCAAUUGAUGAAGAAUCUGGAGAACUUAAAAUAGGCAACAAGUUUGAAUACUCUGAUUCUAUUUACUUCAAAUUCCUAGAUGAAGGAUAUGAACUAUGAUUCUCUAAAGUUCCGGAUUCAGGAGCUGCUGUUUUAGCUCAUGUAACCUUAUACAAUUCUGGGAUUGAAACUUUUAGCCAAUAUAAAGGGAAGCUUCCGCAUAAUAUAACUUGGAAAGGAACUGAUGCAAUUCCAAUGAACAAUACAGCUAUUAUUCGUAGAUUUGGAGAUACUUAUGUCAAAGGAGGGGGAACAGUCAAUGUCUUCCUGAACUACCCAGAGCUAGGAGUUGGCUUCACUUUUCUGAACAGGUCAUGGCAUGAUAAUGAGAAUCCUCUAAUCCAUAUCACAGUUUGUAGACCAGCCAAGCUUAAAAGAGCUCCAAAAUGUUGUAUCUGUCUUGAGGAAGCUAAAGAUUUGACUUGUCCCAACUGCCCAACAGUUAGAUAUUGUAGUGAAACAUGUAAAAAGAACUUUGAAGCAGUGCAUAUCUGAGAUUUUUAGUGUUUCAAAAUACUCAAAA